CAGGGCACGGGCUCCUCCCGAAGCGCACAGCUCUGGGGAGGUGACCUGCCCUCCACCUGGUCUAGCAGGGGCGGAGUCUGUGCCACACGCAGCCGGCAGGCUGGCCACAAGCCGCCCAGGGCAGCCUUCUUCUAGCUUGGGAUCAGAGGCCACAUAGUGGCCUGUCCUGAAAAAUAGGCCCCUUCUGACCUCUGGCUACCAGUUACCCCAACGCCCCACAGGCUGCCUGGAUGUGGAGAGCUAAAUCGGGCACCCCCACCUCCUAGGGCCAAAGGGGUUUGGGUGCAUAGCAGGGGCUGCUGCCCAUCUCUUCCUCUCCUCUUUAUCUAGCCCAGGAAGCUGAGGGCCUGAUCCUGCCAGCACCCUCCAGGGGAACCGCAGUGACUACAGGACUGGGUCAGAGGCCUUCCAGGGCCUGCCCCGAAUCAGGGAGAGAUGGGGGAGAAGGCAAAGUGCUCAUGGGAGGAAUUCUGGCUGGGGGAGGGUGAAGUGAACCUGAUGCCCUGCACUGCCUCCUCUGGGCCUACAACUGGAGGGUUGUCUGUGGCAACUGCCCCCUGAGCUGCAUUGUGGGAAAGGGGGAAGUUCAAGCCAGCUGAGCAUUGCUGCCUCGCAGAGCCAGGAGAGGGAAACCUGCCUGAUCUCCAGCGUGGAACCAAGUCAAGCCCAGUAAAUCCCGGCUCCAUCCCAUCCACCAGGGCCAGGAGUCCCCCCUUUCCGGCCGUCUCGCCAGACAGACACAGGCCUGGGCAGCCCGUCCGGCCAGGCGCACUCAUGCUCUACUAACAGUCUGUUACCAGCCGGCUCAACGUGUUACCCUAGCCCACCCCUGCCGCGACCCUAUAAUUUAUGUACAAUCCCCCUUCCAUCUCCCCCCGCUCUCCCCCAAAGGUAUUUGCACAGCAGAUCUGGGUGUAAUCAAGUCCAGGAAUUUCCAUUCAAGUAUCCUGGGCUUUUUUUUUUUUUCCCCAAGAUUUUCAGUUAACUCUUUCAGAGGGGGAGAGAACGAGGAUUUAACCCCAUCCCAGCUCCCCAAACCCCACCGCUCUAACGUCGCUUUCAGUCAAACAACCUGGGGCCGGGGUGACGUGAGCGGGCGCAAUGUACCGCCUUGGAGUGCAGUUCGCGGCUGGCCAGCUCGGCCGCGAGCAUCCUACCGUCCAGAGUCAAAGACUCUACCCCGACUGCAAAAGAGAGACCGGAUCGAAUGCAGGGUCAAGACACCAACGCUAGAGACUCCGCUGGGAACGAGUCUCCUUCCAGCCCCCCUGAACCCGCCCUGCAUUUGGCCCAGCAUGGAAUGUUUCAAGGAUUACGAAGAGUUAACGCCUGCCCUGCCAACCCCCCAGGCCAUCCCAAGGAGGAUAUAAAUUAGAGAUGAGCCACCUUCCUUUCAGAAGCCAACCCGGCUUAAUUGGGGAAGGAUGGAUUCAUCCCAGCUCCUCUGCAGCAUCUCGUUCAUCCUCCUGGUCAGACCCGCUGUCUCCCAGCCACUGGAAGACAAGAGGCCCAUGCUGAUGGAAGAGCAAGAGCCGGGUACCAGCAUCAGGGACCUGCUCUGGGCACUCCUAGAGACGCACAUGCCAAAGGGACCUUCCCUGCACGUCCCGGACAACCCUAGAAACCUGCUGCCCUACGCCUCCCCCAAGCCGGCCAAGAGCCGUCAGAAACGCUUGUGGGAGCAGCCAGAGGAGCAGGAGUGCCGGCUGCGGAGCUUGCUGCUGCGCGUCAGGGACCUGGGCCUGGGCUACGACUCCGAGGAGACCAUCCUGUUCAAGUAUUGCAGUGGGAGCUGCCCCAAGGCCCGCACCAACCACGACCUGACGCUCUCCGUGCUGCUCCAGAAGAGCGAGAUCCCGGCCCUGGGCGAGGAGAAGAUCGUUGGCGACCCCUGCUGCCGGCCAACACACUACGAGGACGUGGCCUUCCUGGACAACAGCCACCAGUGGCAUGAGGUGGAGAAGCUCUCUGCUUCUGCCUGCUCCUGCGUGGGCUGAUGUCGCUGGCGGGAGGGUGCGUCAGCAGGGUGGGUGUAGUGCCGAUGUUAAAGCAGUCAGUGUUUCUUCCUCCCACACCCUUGAACCCGUAGCCUGAGAGAAGCCCAAACUCCAUGCCACAGAUCCCACAGGACGGGGGCCGGGACUUUUGCCCUCCCUCUAGGGGUGGGAGAAGGGAACUGCUAUCAAAACAACAAUGGCAUUCACUUCACACCACCCCCUCCUUCCAACCCCAUCCUGUUUCUUUGCAUUACUGAGAUGCUAGCUUGUUUGCUAAGGCCUGGAACUUCAAAGGCAUUUAGGCUCCUAACUUCCACUGAAAACAAUGGGAGUUAGGAGCCUAAAUACCUUGGAGGCUCUGAGCCCAAGAUCCUGCCUGGAGGAGGUGUGCAUGGCUCAUGUACACACAGGUGCAGGGGGAGAGCUGGACGAUAAGAGAUAUUUAUGGAUUCCUAAGUUAUUUAUUUAUUUGGUUUCUUCCACUAAGGGCAGGGCGGGCUAGGGAUCUCAUUCCCGCUGCCUCCCUACCUGAGCUUCUUAGAGUCCCUUUUUAAUUUAUUUGCUUCUUUCCGCUAGUAGAGAGUCGGGAUUGUGUUUGUUUGCUCGUUUUCAGGCAUGUCUUGGGAACAGCUGAAAUGUACGGUGGUUUCAAACUAAUAAAAGCCGUGAAACUGAUCAAAA